AUGGCGACCGACGAGCUCAUAAUCAAGAGGAAAAGAGAGGCGCCGGCAAGUGAAUGUGAAUCAUGGUCUGCCAAGACCAAGAUGGGGAAGCAGAAGAUGGCAUUGCUGCAUCAAGGGCUCACCUUACUUGACAACGGCAGUAGACACGUCCAUGGCGAUGGCUGUUUUAAACCGAUGAGGAAGGCAGAGACACCGGCAAGUGAUUCACAGUCUGCCAAGACCAAGAAGGGCCAGGAGAUGCAGCAACAGAGCAGCAGUAGGCAUGUUGAUCUCGAUAGUGAUUAUUAUCCGAGUGUAGAACAAUGGUUCCGGAACACACGCGCGUUCCAUGACAAUCUUUAUCGGAGAAAAAUGAGGCUAUAUAUUGGUUUACUUUUGGUCUUUUACUCAAUUCAAAUUUCUCCUGAUGCAACUUUUUUUUGGUUAUGGCAGGACGAGGAGCUCGCUAGCGUUGCUGGUAAACAGUUUGUGGCACUGGAUAAUCCAUAUGGUGAUGUCGGCUAUGGUCCUAUAAGAAGGAAAAGAGGGAGGCCAGCAGGUUCCAGGUUUGUAAAGAACAAAACAGAGCAGAAGCCGGUGUUAUUUGACAGCAACUGUCAUAGCAGAACCUUUAGUAACGGUGCCAAUGAUAAUGAUUUUGAGCCACCGACGCCGAUGAGGAAGACAAACAGGCCAGCACGUUCCAAAUCUAACAAGAGAAAGAUGAAAUACAAACCUCUCUUGGACAGCAGCAGUAGUAGUGAGGGCAAGGAAGAUAAGGAUGAUAAUUUUCAUCUAGAGGUAUCUGAUGGCGAUGGCCCUAAGAAAAAUGCACGUAUUAAUGGCACUGCUCUGAAAAGAGCUGUGGAGCUAGAGAAGAAAUUGCCAACGGAAGGCCCAAGCUUUAUCAAGGUUAUGAAGCACUCACAAGUUGUUAAGGGGUUUUGGCUGGGCAUGCCAGCUAGUUUUUGCAGAGACCAUCUGCUAAACCAUGAUCAUAUAAUUGAAUUAGAAGAUGAGGAACGGAAGACUUAUGAAACAAAUUACAAAGCUUACAAGACCGGACUUAGCGGUGGAUGGAAGGGAUUUGUGAAACAGAAACAUCUUAAGGUCGACGACGCCGUGGUCUUCCAACUAGUGAGACAGACAACAUUUAAGGUGUACAUACUGAGGGAGAAUGAGUUCACCGCUACUGAUGGAGCCCUCGGUCUCCUGAGUCUGGACACAUCUAUGGAUAACAAGAAACAAAAGGAAAGUUCCAACAAACAUGCCAAUUCGAAGGAGGCAGUAGAUGGCGGCGUCCGAUUUCCAUGUUCAGACAUUGAUGAUUUCGCUUCGGUGAAAAGCUUUGUGGAUUUCAAGAUCAUCAUCGGCAACGGUUUGCUAGUACUCCCAGAUCACCUGCGCAUGACGUACUACCAUCUCUGCCAGGCCCGGAAGGCUUUCCUCCACAGGAAUCUUCUGAAGACAAUAAGCCCCGAGUUCACUACACGCAUGAUUGUGGAGACGGUCAACAUUGCUGAGGGCAUCAGAGCCUCCUCCCCUGCUUCCCUCGAGGACCUUGCUGAGUGGAAAAAGAUCCUAGAGUCAUUUGAGGCCAAGGGCAUGGACAUCGCAUUGAUGCGCAAGCGCGUCGACGACCUCCUUGGCCUCCUCGGCGCUCCCUCACAGAUAUCAGUGGUGCCCGAGGGGUACGAGGCAGUGAAGCUGGAGCAGGCUCGUGCGGCGAAGGAGUUGAGAGCCAUUGAGUCGACGGUGUCGACCCUCAAGGAUUCUCUAAACGUGUUUGAUGUUAACAUGGAAGAGAUAGUGGCGGCGAGUACGAGGAUGAAGGAACAAGCCAUGCGAAAGCUGGCUACCGCGCCAUGGUGAAUUGGUGAUCAACGACGUUCUGUGUGCAUCUUCAGUAGUAACUAGCUCCAUGUACCUCAGA